AGAGAGAAAGGGAAGGAGUGGGCACGCAGCUCGAAUCCGGAGCUAGCCCCGAGUGCGGUAGCGGGCGACGGGACGAAAACCGGGGCUGCGGGGAGACCCUGGGAAAAGCCCACGGUCGCGGGUUAGUGCUGGCUGUGGUCGAGCAGCAGAGCACACACACGCCGCGGUGCGAUCGAUUCACCGGAAAACGAGAAGACAUCAACGACCGGCCGCUGAGCGGAAGGACAACGACGACCAGCGAGGAAGAGGCGGCGACGCUCUAGCAGCGGCCUCGACAUGGCACCGGCGGCGGACGAACAGAAGGUCAGCCUGGACGCCCGAGGCGUGCUCAUCAUGCUGGUCGCCCUCGGAGGAAUCGUCGGCCUUUGGGUGAAUGAGUUCAUGGUGUCGGAGGACAACUAUCCCGCGGGCUAUGUGUACCAGCCGCCUAAGCGUGGCAAGGCGGCAGAGCCUGCGGUGCGCGAGCCCCCACGGCCAGUCCUGCUAACAGUGGAGGACUGUGGCAAGCUGGCGCUCGAGGCCGUCCGAGAGUACGUCGAACGACACCCCAUCGAGAGGGACGACUCAGCAGAGAUCACACGAGAAGAGACCGAGGACAAGGCUGCCAGGCAAGAGGAGCCCGCCGUACUGGACGAUUUCCGCAGCAGAGCCAAGGCUCGAGACGAGGACACCAGAGCAGCUGCUUCUUCUGAGGAAGUGCACGAUGAGGAACCGCCCAAGAAGCAUGUCGUCGAGAGCGAGGAGGAGGCCGACGAGGAAGAAGGCGUAUCAGCGGGGCAGGAAACUGAAGAGGAAGAGAGCGCCGAGGCUGAAAUACAUGGUGAGGAGGAGGAGGAAGAGGAGGAAGGAGAGGAGAGCGGUGAGGAAGCAGCAUCAGAGGAAGAGGCUGCAUCCGAGGAGGAAGAAGAGGAAGAGGAGGGCAGCGAGGAAGCAGAAACGGUGGAAGAAGAGGAAGCGGAGGAGGAAGCAAGCGUGCAGGAGGAAUCUGAAGAACAACAGAAAGUGGAAAAGACCCGGACCGGACCUCGGUCACGCAAGCACAUCGCUGAAGUACUCGGCUUUGCUGAGAUUGGAACCAAAGAGGACAAAGAGGAAGAGGCACUCAUCGAGUCUAUCCUCAAGGAACUGAAGAAGCUCUCCGUGAACGACAUCGAGCCGAUGGAGAAGCUCUACAAGUUCAAGGACAUAAGCACCAGGCUGCUUGGAGAUGCUGAGAUAUUCAACAAGCCUAUGGCGCUUUUCCUUGGGCCCUGGAGCGCCGGCAAGAGCAGCAUCAUAAACUACCUGCUGGGCACUGAGCAUACCAAGGCAGGCCUCAAAACAGGUCCGCAGCCAUCCGACAUUGAUUUCACCAUUGUUCACUACGCCGACAAGCUUCAACGACUCAGUGGCACAGAAAUGGCUGCACACUGGGCCUUCUCAAGUGUCCAGAAGUUUGGCCAAGGGUUCCUGGAUCACUUCAAAGGAAUCGGCUUGCCUCACCCACUGCUGCAAAAGGUGACCAUCGUGGACACACCCGGCAUUCUUGACAAGCGCAAAAUAGAGAACUACCCUUUUAAUGACGCCUUCCAAUGGUUCAUCGAUCGUGCUGACGCCAUCUACGUUGUGUUUGACCCAAGCAAGCUCGAGAUAGGGGAAGAAAUGGCAACUCUCCUAGACCAGCUCAAGGGUCGGGAAGGCCAGAUUCGCUUCAUUCUCAACAAGGCAGACUUCAUCCAGCCUCACGACAUCAUGCGCGUCACCGGACAACUCUUAUGGAAUAUCUCUCCACUCCUGGGGAGUAGCGACGCCCCAAUAAUACAUGUUGUGUCGAUGACUUCGAGGCCUUUCCAUGCUGGCACCCCUGCAGAAUUCUUCGAGGAGCAGGAACUGACCCUGCUUGAGCACUUGCGCGAGAUAAUGGACGAACGCGUUGAGAACACAAUUGCUUUUGCCCGCCGACAUGCCGUACGAGUACGCAACCACGCAAAACUCGUUGACUGCUACUUGAGCACAUUUUACAAGCAGAAGGGACUCUUCGGAAGCAAAAAGAAAGUGGCAGAGCAGAUUGCCAAAGACCCAAACAAGUACCACAUAUUCGAAGGGCUGAGCAGACUAACCAACAUCAGUCGCUACGACCUUCCAGACCCCCAACUUUACUACAAGUUCUUCAAGCUCAACCCCAUGUACGACUUCAAGCCACUCACUGCCACCUGCACCUACUUCAAGGGAUGCCCGCUCGACAAGUUGGACAUUGCCAUCGCCUAUGACUUGCCACAGCUACUGGGCAAGUACAAUGACCAAACAAAACUGAAGAAGGACCAUGACAAGUCCAUGGCAGGACAUGCUCCAGUGCCAUUACCAACUGGGCAGCGACACAGCUGAGGUGCGACAGCUUGAGCACCCAGAUCUCUCACCUUGGACACGGUGACCAUGCUAAGCUGCAGCGUCUGCAUCUAGAAUAUUGCUUCCUGUCAGAAAGCAGUGCCUGCUACCUGCCAACAGCAGAUGUAACAAAGUAUUGU